AUGGACGAGGUCGGGCGGUUCGACGAGGGCGGCGCGUCGCGGCACAGCAGCACCGACGACCCGGUGGCGGGCUUCGGCGCGACGGGGUCCUCGCUCCACAAGACGGCGAGCCGCCUCAACGAGUUCACGCGGCCCCUCGCCGCGGAGCCCUCCGCGCUCGAGGUCGUCGAGGCGCUCCCGGCCCCGCAGGCGCAGCCCCUGGAGAAGGUGGUCCGCGAGAGCGAGCGCGUCAAGGUGCCGCCCGAGAAGCUCCGGACGGGCCGCGAGGGCGACGCGGACGCGCCGGCGCGCGCGGCCGACGCGGAGCGGACGCGCCGGGGCAGCGCGCUCGCGUCGGACGACGACGAGUCGGUGGCGUCGGACGUGGCGCCGGCGACGCGGCCGACGCCCGUGACGAUCCAGCGCACGGAGGCGGCGACGGGAUCGGGCGCGCUGGCGUCGCUGUCGCCGACAGGCGCCGCGGCGAAGCGCGCGCAGGGCGAGUCGAAGCACGCCCCGGUGGCGGCGGGGGCCGCAGCGGCCAUGCAGGCCGCGCCGCGCGCCGCGCCCGCGGCGACCACCGCGGCGACCACCGCGGCGCACCGCGCCCACGACGCCGCCUCCACGGCCGACUCGAAGCCGGUCGUCCCGGCGCCACGGGCGGAGCACGCAGCCCCGCCGAAGCACACGGCGGCCGCGGCGACGGUGCACACGCCGUCGAAGAGCGAGUCGAGCCAGGCGACGCCGCGGGAGUCGAAGGACUCGCGCAAGUCGGUCACGCAGGCGCCGGCGGCCCCGGCCCCGGCGCCCGCCCCCGCCCCGGCGGCCUCGGCGCGUGCGCUGGAGGAGGACUCGGCGAUGCCCGAGGCGAUCACGGUGGACGAGCUGAAGCAGCGGUACCAGAUGCUGGACAUGGUGGGGGAGGGGGCGUACGGGAUGGUGAUGAAGUGUCGGUCGCGCGAGAGCGGGGUGUACGUGGCCAUCAAGGAGUUCAAGGUGGACGACACGGACCCGGACGCGGCGGAGGUGCGGCGGACGGCGCUGCGGGAGGUGCGGCUGCUGCGGAUGCUGCAGCACCCGAACGUGGUGCGCUACAUCGACGGGUUCAUGGUCUCGAGCCGCCUGUUCAUCUCGAUGGAGUACGUGCCGCGCAACGUGCUGGAGCUGCUCGAGGCGCAGCCGUCGGGGCACCUCGACCGCGCGACGGUGCGCAGCGUGAUGUACCAGCUCAUCUGCGCGAUCGAGUUCAUCCACCGCCAGGGCAUCAUCUACCGCGACAUCAAGCCCGAGAACCUGCUCAUCGACAACGACGGGCGGCUCAAGCUGUGCGACUUCGGGUUCGCGCGGCGCGUGCGCAAGGGCGACGUGCUCACGGACUACGUCGCGACGCGGUGGUACCGCGCGCCCGAGCUGCUCCUGGGCCCGCCCUUCCGCCAGCACAACGGGCAGAUGUGGCGCCCCACGUACGACGCCGCCGUCGACAUGUGGGCCAUCGGGUGCCUCAUGGGCGAGCUCACGGACGGCGAGCCGCUCUUCCCGGGCGACUCGGACGUCGACCAGAUGCACCGCAUCCAGCAGAUGCUCGGCACCGCCAUUGGGGAGCACGUGCGCCAGUUCUACUGCAACCCGCAGAACAAGGGCGCGGCGUUCAAGCCCGUGCGCAACCCCACCACGCUCGAGCGGCGCUACCGCGGCAAGAUGGGCGCCGUCGAGCUGGACCUCAUGUCGAAGCUGCUCCACAUGGACCCCGCCCGCCGCAUCACCGGGAAGGAGGCCCUGAAACACCCCUACUUCAAGUCCAUGGACCCCCCGCCCAUGUAG